AUGGCGGGACCAAAGCUACAACAAGACAUCGCUGCAAUAAUUUUACGCUGGCGAUUAUUCCGUUACGUAUACAUGACGGACAUCGCGAAGAUGUUCCGUCAGAUACGCAUGCAUCGUGACGACGCGGAUUAUCAACGAAUUCUUUGGCGCCCUCCCGCAAGUCUGUUGAUUCGACUGUAUCGCUUGCUCACCGUGACUUACGGCCAAAAGCCAUCGCCAUUUCUCGCGCAGCACUGCCUUCUUCAAUUUGCUUGUGACGAAUGUAAAUAUUUUCCCGACGCGGUUUCAAUAAUCGAAGAAUCGACCUACGUCGAUGACGUUCUUUUCGGAGCAGACGACCUUCGGUCUCUGCUCGAAAAACGCAAGCAACUCGUCGGACUAAUGAAUCGCGGAUGUUUUCCCCUCCGAAAAUGGGCCGCGAAUUCACCCGAACUGUUGACGGAUAUCCCGGAGGACCAACGUGAAUCCUCGGACUAUCCGAUCAAUCGCGAUGACACGCUCAAAAUCCUCGGCCUGUCUUGGUCACCGCAUGACGACUCGUUUACCUUUGUAAUCUCGCCUUACGGCGUAACUGUUCAUACUAAACGCUCCAUUUUAUCAUUUAUUGCAAGGUUAUAUGACCCCCUCGGAUGGGCGUCACCGAUCGUCAUCGCGGCCAAGAUGUUGAUGCAAGAGCUCUGGCUCCGUAAAAUUGAUUGGGACUCUCCCAUCCCCGACGAUCUUUUACCUCAUUGGAUUAAUUAUUAUACGGAUUUGCCUCAUAUCAGUGAAAUACGCAUUCCCCGAUGGACAGGGAUGCGUCAAGAUAAACUCGAAGUGGAAUUACACGGAUUCGCGGACGCGUCCAUUCGAGCUUACGCCGCGGUCGUUUACCUUCGAAUCGUGCAUUCUACCACGAAUAUUCAGGUGACCCUCCUCGCGGCCAAAACGAAGGUUGCGCCGUUAAAAACCGUCAGCGUUCCACGAUUAGAACUUAACGCCAUCGUUCUAUUAACUCGGUUGUUAGAUUGGGUAAGAAAUUCCCUGCGCUUUCCGCGAGCGUCAUUAUUCGGAUGGACUGACUCCCAAAUCGCAUUGGCUUGGAUUCAGCAACAUCCAUCGCGAUGGACUUCCUACGUCGCGAACCGCGUCUCCGAGGUGCAGACGCGUCUUCCGUCAGUACGUUGGCAGCACGUCCGCACGCACGACAAUCCUGCCGACUGCGCUCUCGCGGCUCUACCGCUGUCGAUCUCGUACACCAUGAAUUAUGGUGGGUAG